AGACGGUAGCAACAGUUGCCCCGGUGAAGGCAAGGCGCCAUAGUCACGGUAGUCCUGGUGACAAGAACCAAGCAACGGGAGUCAACAAUAACAACGUAAAUCUAAGGAAAACACUUGAACGGCUAAAAAAGGAUAAUACUGGGAUAAACUAGAGAAGUAGUGCCUAGUAGAGCAUUGGUUGCCAUGGCAACUUCUGGAUACUCGAAGGACCUUCAGCCUCAGCAGGCCAACACGGUAACCAUAGCAACGCCUGCCGCCACCACACCCUCGUCCGCAAAGACGGCACACUUCCUGCCCGAGAUCCCACCAACCUCUGGAACCAUUGCACCAUCUAAUCAAUCAGCUGCGGCCUCAAAACCGGGACCGGAUGCACUUUGUUCUCAAGCGCCGCCCGCCCAGAGCCAGAAGGCAGUGGUUCUGACUGCUACUACACAGCACUAUGUGACCCCUGACAUCCAGCACUCUACGGUCCAGAAGAGUAAUGGUCAGAGCAGCUCGCCGCAGUACAUCAUUGUCACUGUUACAGAGGGCUCUGUUCACUCCAACGACAGUCUGUCAGACUCCAGCCCACCUGCCCCCGGUGUUCCUACUCAGGUGGUCCAACCAGUGCAGACCGCCCAACAGCAGAGGUCAGUGUUGCAGGCGGUGUCACAGGCAGCCAAGAGGAUUCAGCCUGGCCACAUCAACAACCUACAGUCUGUGCACAUUAACCAGGAGGUGGAGCAUGUGUUCUCUGGCCAGGUGCAGUAUGUGGACGGAGGGGGAGAUGCGACUUUUACCACACCCACCAUUCGAUCGAACAACUACCCUUUCUCAGACUCGCCCCUCUACUCCCAGACCCCUCCCACCUCCUCUUCCACCUACUACGAGGCCACGCCCAGCUCUGAGUCAGACAUCACCGGCUCUGUGACCUCGCAGCCGGUUUCCGUGGCGACAGCAGGGGCCAAUAGUGGGGGAGCAGCUGCGGGUGGAGAAGGCUACGUAAUUCAGGGAGGUUAUGUGUUAGGAGGAGGGGCUGCAGCAGGUGGAGGAGGAGGAGGACAGAGUUAUUCUAGCCCUAACUCUCGUGCCCCACCUGCUACUGUGCAGUGGCUGUGUGAUAACUAUGAGGGGGCGGAGGGGGUGAGUUUACCUCGCUGCACCCUCUACUACCACUACCUGCUGCAUUGCCAGGAGCAGAAACUGGAACCUGUUAACGCUGCAUCAUUUGGCAAACUCAUCAGGUCUGUCUUCAUGGGGCUACGUACACGGAGAUUAGGGACCAGAGGGAACUCUAAGUACCACUACUAUGGUCUUCGGAUCAAAUCUGGUUCCCCUCUGCUUAGACUGAUGGAUGAACAACAGCACAUGGCAAUGAGGCAACAGCCUUUCUCACAGAAAAACAGUAGGAUAAAGCCAGUUCAGAAGACACAGGGUAUCACCAACGGGACAUCGGGGAUUGGUCAGCAGGCGGCGGCACUCUGUGAUAUUUCAGCACAGGUGCAACAGUAUCAGCAGUUUCUGGAGGCAUCAAGGCCACUGCCGGACUUUGUGGAAAUUGAUCUGCAAGAUCGAGCCCUGCCUGAUGGGAUCCUUUUAGAACACCUCAAGGCCUUUCAGACUCUCUACAGAGAACACUGCGAGGCCAUAAUGGACGUGAUGGUCAACCUUCAGUUCACUCUUGUGGAGACACUGUGGAAAUCCUUCUGGAGGUUCAGCCAGAGCAGUGAUACAGAAUCACUCAACCUACACAAUGAGUCGGAGAAGCGUCUGCCCAAAUCGUGCCUGGUGGUGCUGUGUAAGUUUGAGCCAGUGCUGCACUGGACGAAAGAGUGCGACAACCUGCUCUACCAGACUCUGGUGGAGAUCCUCAUCCCUGAUGUACUGAGACCCAUCCCUAGUGCCUUAACUCAGGCUAUCCGUAACUUUGCCAAAAGUCUAGAGAAUUGGUUGACCGGCGCCAUGAUGAACAUCCCAGAAGAGAUGGUUCGCAUAAAGGUGGUGUGUGUAUGCUCCUUCUCCCAGACGCUGCGCCGCUAUACCAGCCUGAACCACCUGGCCCAGGCGGCCCGUGCCGUCCUCCAGAAUUCAGCCCAGAUCAACCAGAUGCUCUCAGACCUCAACCGGGUUGAUUUCACCAACGUACAGGAGCAGGCAUCCUGGGUGUGUCAGUGUGAGGACCGUGUGGUACAGCGGCUGGAGCAAGACUUUAAAAUGACUUUGCAGCAGCAAAACUCUCUGGAGCAGUGGGCUACCUGGCUGGACAGUGUUGUCUCUGAGGCCCUAAAGCCCUACGAGCACAACCCUGUUGCCCUACCAAAGGCUGCCAAGGUCUUCCUGCUCAACUGGUCCUUCUAUAGUUCUAUGGUAAUCCGGGACCUGACUCUGCGCAGUGCUGCCAGUUUUGGCUCCUUUCACCUGAUCCGCUUGCUGUAUGAUGAGUAUAUGUACUAUCUGAUAGAACACAGGGUGGCCCAGGCUAAAGGAGUGACACCCAUUGCGGUCAUGGGAGAAUUUGCCAGCACCGUCAAGAGCCGGAUCUCUCCAGACCUGGAGAAAGAAGAAGAAGAGGACGAUGAGGAAGAGGAGAGCGAGGACGAGACCGGAGACCUGGUGCUGCAGUCCAGCUCUCUGAGUGCGGUCAGUGACGAGAAGGAGCUGAUGGAGCCGCCCGCCAAGCAGCCCAGGACGAGUUUAAAUCUGCACACUCUGACUGAGACCCACAGCACAACACCUUAGCCGCUCAUUUGUGUAAUUAUCUCACACGCGCUCAUUUCACUCUCACCUUUGCUUUAAGUUCAAGUAAGUCAUCCCGUCCUGUCGCCUGUGUGUAUGCUCCUGGUUUGCAAACAAGUGGUGUUGUGUGUGGUCGUCUGGUGUGUGUGUGUGCAAGCGUGUGAGAGAGCCCUUUGCCAAUUUUUUACUCUGUACUUUUGUGCUGCCAUUGUUUUUCCUCUUUGCCUUCACCCAAUCAUUUGACACUCUUCCCAUGUUCCCCGUGCCUUCCCUGUCUUAUCCAGUGGCUAGAUGUCAGUAGCCACAGCUGUCCAGCCUAAGCUGUAGUGUGUGUGUGUGUGUGUGUAAACCACUGACCUAAUAGCUGUGGAGAGAUGAGAAGAAGCUAGUGUUCUUCAUUGUACUCUAAACUCAAAGAAAUCACUCACCUUGCCUUUUAAAGCGAUGACUAUGCAGGGGAGCUGGACUUUAAUGAACGCCACUGUCUGAAAUAUAAUUUUUUUUUAACAUCAGAGUAGCAUCUGGAAUGAUACCGCACAGUGGACUUUGUUGACACGUGGACUAUUUGUCGAUGCCAUAUUGUGCUUUUUAUUUGUUGUUAAUUUGGCCAAUUAACAGAUACCCUGUGCCUUUGAGAGAUUUCUAGCCACAUCUUGUAUUCUAUAUAUACUGUGUUGAUGGGUUAAUAAAUGAUGGUCCUGUGUAGUAGUCUCGGUGUUGUCAUGAACUUUUACUAGCUGUGGAGAAAACAAAAAUCUGAGAUGGUGACUGUCAAGCUUUGUUGUGAUGAUUCUGCCCAGUUUGCUGUUCUUAAAUCCAUCCACCCUAUUCAUCAUCCAUCCAUUCUUUCAAGCUUAUAAUCUCUUUUUACACACACACACACACACACACACACACACACACACACACAAUGGGCCACAUGACAAGGCCAAAGCUUAUCCCACCUAAUCAGCAGAACUUACUACAUCCAUGGCGACCUACGUACCAGCUGCUGCUGUCUCAAAGUUUUUGUAGUGUUAAAGUAGAGGGUUUUUUUCUGGGUAUCACUGUUAAACAUUUUGUAGAUCCUAUAUUAUGUACCUUUUGUCAACACUGUCAUAUAUCCAGACUAUUUGUAUGUUGCUUAACCAUUAUUGCCUUAAGAAAUAUGUUGUGGUAUGUCCACCAUCCAGAUUAUUGAACUAUAUUUUUAUUGUGAUGAUGAUGAGCCAAGCAUGUGAAUAUGGUGACUUUCUAGAUGGACCCAUUCCAAAGAGCACAUGCUCAACCAGCAGCCUGGACUUUGGGACUGAAAAGAAAACAUACAUAUUAUAAUGGUAGUAGUGGGAUGUCCUUCAGGAUGGUCUGACUACCAAAGAGCACUAAAUAGAAAACAAGUAUAUAUUUACAUGUAUUCAUAUGCUGAGGGCAGAAUACAAAAUCUGACUUGAAAAAUAAAAUCAACUGCUAACUGCAA